UGCUGGCACGAGCCGACUGAAAUCACUGAUAGCCAGUCAAGUAUGGAUGUUACGUAGUUUGGUUAAAAGUGAGGCACAGGUUUUUAUAGGUGAAUUUUCAUCGCUCUGAGAAGAGUCUUCGUAGGAAGACACCUAUUAUAACGAAAAUUACUCUCGUUCACCAAUAUUUCCCACCAAGGAGUGAAGCCUUGUUUACAAUAAUGAGUACGAGUGAGAAACAAAACAAAACCCUAACCACGAAGAGCACUCUGCGGCGUUUUACAGAGCACGUCAAAAACGGAAACAUUGAGAAAAUCGAAAAAUUCUUCCUCAAAGGACUGGAUCCAAAUUUCCAGUGCCCAGACAACCGAGAAACACCUCUCACACUGGCCGCAACUCUUCGUCAACCUCGGCACGUCAUAAUGGUCCUAACCAAUGGCGGAGCACGGUUCGACUUCACAAACACGGACGGACGGACAGCUUUACAUCGAGCUGUAGAGGCAAAUAAUUUGGAGGCUCUCAAAACACUUCUCGAUUUGGGAGCGUCUCCUAAUUUGAAAGACAACCGUAAGCUGACCCCUCUUUAUUAUACUGUCAUAUGUGGAUGCGAUCCUCAGUUAACGGAGCUGCUUCUUCAAGAGUAUGCAGUCCUUGGAUCAGCUGAUCAUCAAGGUUGGCAAGAGGUUCAUCAGGCUUGUAAACACGGCAGAGUCCAGCACUUGGAACUGUUGUUGUUCUACGGUGCCGAUCCCAACAGUCGGAACGCGAGUGGAAACACCCCGCUCCACAUCUGUGCUGUAAACGAACAGAAACAGUGUGCCAAGGUGUUGCUUUCUCGGGGUGUAGAUAAGAAUGCUAUGAACUACGCCAAUCAGGACCCUUACCAGGUUGCUGUGAUAGCAGGGAACCUCCAGAUGGCAGAAAUGAUCAAGAACCACAAAGUGAAUGACGUAGUUCCAUACAGAGAGACACCCCGAUUCAACACCAGAGGACGGCCGAGCAGUGCAGUUCGAGGUCCCGAGGAUGAUCAGAGUGGUCACGGGGCUGAGUUCUUCUCGCCCUUUGUAUUGCCUUCAUCAGAAAGUACCAUUUCAAGUAAAACUUCUGGUAAGGAGACUGGGGCAGAAAAAAAAUCAAAAG